GUGGUGGCCUGCGAUGGUGUUUUGAACUAUCGCGCUUUCUGUAUGCAGUAGCCUGCCCAAUAAAAUCACGUGGUUUGUUCCUGGUUAGCAGCACCAUACAAACAGAAAGACAAAGCUAGCGGCAUUUGGACAUCGUUACAGGACAAACAUGAGUCUACGAAAGCAAACCCCGAGUGAUUUCUUGAAGCAAAUCAUUGGAAGACCAGUGGUGGUAAAACUGAAUUCAGGAGUGGAUUACAGAGGUGUUCUUGCAUGUCUGGAUGGCUACAUGAACAUUGCUGUGGAACAAACAGAAGAAUAUGUAAAUGGACAGUUAAAGAACAAGUAUGGAGAUGCAUUUUUGAGGGGAAACAAUGUUUUGUAUAUCAGCACCCAGAAGAGAAAGCUUUGAAGUUUUCCAGUUUUUCAUGUGAUGGUAUUUGUUUAUGGUUGUAUUUUUGAAUCACUGUUUACAGUUUCUCAGUUUCAGUUUGUUGUGCAACCACUUUUUUUGUAAAUUGAAGCACAUUUGGGCAUGUAGCUACAGCAUGAUGCAAUAAAUAAUUGAAUAAAACGAAGUUCUGGA